AUGGCCGAAAUCCAGCCUGAGGACGACCGGUCCAUCGAGUUAUCUUCCAUCGCCGCAAUCUACCCGGAGAUCAAACUAGAUCCGGAGAACUGGUACAAUGCCACAUUUGACCUCCCCGUUACUCUCCCGUCGCCGACCCAAGUGUGCUUCCACCAACCGCUCGAUGUCGGACCUCCCGCGGCGCUAACGCCUCCAACCUCCGUCGAUGGCUUCAAAGCUGAUCUUGGGCAGACCGCCGCCCGUGAUGUCCAUAUACUAUCGCAUUUACCUCCACUCAGUCUGAAAAUCGAGUUGCCAGAUGGAUAUCCCUCCGAGAACCCUCCAAUGGUUCAGCUCACGACUCAUCCGUCGUGGCUUCCGCCUACAGUCCUCACGAAAUUGACUGAUGAUUGUAACCGUCUAUGGGAAGAACGCGGUCGGGAUAUGGUUGUCUAUACGUACAUCGACCAUCUUCAACAACUAGCCGAGUCAGCUUUUGGCAUUCAAGACACCACCGACGGGGAAUUGUGUCUAUCUCGGGACCUGAAGAUCGCUUUACUAGAUUUCAACAGCAAGGCUGAGCGCGAGAAGUUUGAGCAAAUGACCUUCGAAUGCGGGGUAUGUCUGGAGCCAAAGAAAGGCGCCAACUGUCACCGACUACUACGCUGCUCCCACGUGUUCUGCGUUCCUUGCCUGCAGGACUUUUACAAUACCUGCAUUGCCGAAGGCGACGUCGACGGCGUGAAGUGUAUGGCUCCGGAUUGUGAGAAGAACCAGAGUCCGUUACUUGCGCCAGGAGACGGCCAGACUCCUCGACGCAAGAAGCGUGAUCGAACCCUCGGCCCCAGCGAGCUCCUUCAGAUCCCCCUUUCGACAGAGACGGUGCAACGAUAUGUCUAUCUCAAGCGCAAGAAGAAGAUUGAGUCCGAUAAGACCACAGUAUACUGUCCACGACAGUGGUGCCAGGGAGCAGCCCGAUCAAAACGGCACCCCAAACCAACCGAUCCAAUGGCCUACGACGCCGAUGCCUCAGACGACGAUGACGAAACUUCUUUCGAUCCCCUCAGGGAGGAAACAGAGCUGCCCCCCGUCGCAGAGCGAGUAGCCAUCUGCGAAGAAUGCAACUACGCCUUCUGCAGCGUCUGCCGCAAAGGCUGGCACGGCGAGCUCGUCCGGUGCCUCCCACAGCGCAAAGUCGAGGAGUUAAGCGCCGAAGAGAAAGCCACCGAAGAAUACUUGCGUCUGUACACCUCGCAAUGCCCGACAUGCACCGUGCCCUGCCAGAAGCGCAUGGGCUGCAACCAUAUGCGCUGCUUCCAGUGCGACACGCACUUCUGCUAUCUCUGCUCCGCCUGGCUGUCACCCGAUAACCCGUACAGCCACUUCAACCAGACCAGCAGUACAUGCUACAACCGCCUCUGGGACCUGGAAGGCGGCGACGGACUCAAUCCCGAAGGCGCGGAAGCUCUCCACCGGAUUCCAGAAGCACUGCUAGCCUUCGACGAUGAAGACCACGACCGUGGGCCCCAGGAUGCUGGCAGCGACGACGACACAGACGGCAGUGGCUGGAGCUCCGCAGACGAAGAUAACGACCGCCCAGUAUGGGACUUCGAUUUCAGCGACGACGAGCAAGUCCGCCACCACCACCCGCCUCCUCCUGCACCAGUGCCCCCAAGGGUUCCCGGCGCAGCACGAGGACCCGGUGCAAACCACCCCGGCCCAGAUGCCGCCGCCCGUGCGGCCAUGGAGCGCGAGGAACAGGCGCGCGCGAUGGCGGAAAUCCGGAACCGCAAUCGGCCUGUCCGGCGGGCGGAGCAGGCGCGCAAUGAUGUGCCGCCAGACGACCCGCCACGGGCCAUGAUUGGGCUUCAGCGGUUCUUGGAGUUGGUGCAGAACGACCGGGAGGACGAGUGGGAUAGCGAUGAGCUGGAUGACUUUUAG